UCAAAUGACUCAAAAAACCCGAUUCACUUUGGUGAGUGAGUCAUUAAAACUCGAUUCAGUAAAAAGAAUCAAAUUUAUCAUCACUAGCAGUUACUCGAUAAGAGCCCAGACCAAUCACAUGAGCCAAGGUGUGAACACAGGUGUGGGUCACAAUCAGCCAAGGUUUAGGGUGAGCUCGUUGUGAAACCUACCCAACCCUAUCACGUCACUUCAUUUCUUGCAGCAUGCAGCUGAGGCUCAACGCAUUGCUUGCAUUGAAGAGUCCUGCAUUUUGGGUCCUACUUCCCCACACACCCACGGUCUGCCACCACAGACUGCAACAACUUUGGUUGGAUAGAAAUGUCUAGAAAAGGAGCUGACACAAAGACAUCAGCGGGAAUUAUUUUGGCUUUUGUCAGUCACAUUUAUGUUAAUCAGGCUACUCUCGAUCAGCCUGUGUUACCGUUCGUUUCAUUGGUGCUUUGGUUUGGGGAAGUUGUUUCUUUCCUGAUCUUUUCCUGUCUUCUGUUCUCAGACCUGAGAUAGGACUUCUUUCUGCUCUAUGUCUACGAGACGUGCUGUGGAAGUAAACAAACCACAGUUUGGUCUGCAGCUAUUCAGAGAUCAGAUCCCACAGAGGGUCCACACUGUCUGCACUGUAUGUAGUCACGUCUGCAGGUUUUCGUGUCCAGAUUUUUCUGCAGAUCAUCAGAAUGAAAGUGAUCGGCCAUGUUUACAGAGCCCUUUUUAAAAUGUACUUUCGUGACAUUAUUGUGUGUGUGUAAACAGAGAGCUGCUCUCUGAUUGGCCCCUGCCUGCUGCGUGUGUGUGGGAUGUUCCUGUCGCAGCAGCGUGUGGUGCUGGUUUUUACGCGUCACUUCAUUUCUUGCAGCGUGCAGCUGUGGUGGCUGUCAGCAGCUGUUGGAGCUGCUCUGAGGCGCAUUCAGCUCCGUCAUGAAGCUCAGGCUGCUGCUCGCCCUGCUCUCAGUCUGUGAAUGUGACAGCAAGGUCAAAGGUCACACAGGUCAGGACGUCACUCUGCCCUGUAAAUAUGACAGGAAAUAUCACGGCGCCGUGGAAGUGUGCUGGCAGCGAGGAGAGAUACCGUUCAACAAGUGCUCCAAUCAGCUGAUCUCCACAGAUGGAGACAAAGUGUUAACCAGAGCUUCCAGCAGGUAUGAGCUGCUGGGCCGACUGGAGGACGGAGACGUCUCUCUGACCAUAAAGAGCCUGACAGAGGGAGACGCUGGACGAUACGGCUGCAGGGUGCAUAUACCCGGGCCGUUCAACGAUGACAAACAGUACAUCGACCUGACUGUUGUCCCAGCUCCACAAAUUCACACAUCAACAGCCUCGACGACAAAGACCACCGCGGCCUCUCAGACUGCAGGUCACCUGACCUCCACAGAAAGCCUGCUGACUUCCUCCCACAGUGUGACGAGCGGCAGUGAGAAGCAGGAGGGCGGAGCUCUGACGGGCGUUGUGCUCUACGUGCUGCUGGGUUCGGUGUUGCUGCUCAUCAUCGCAGGAGGCCUGAAGCUGCUCUGCAGACGCCCUCAGAAGUUUCAGCAGUUCGACACCUCGGCCCGCUUCAGCUCCACGUCGUCUGCUGUGCAGCUUCACAGCAAAAGCUCCGCCGGGGACGGAGACAUCAGCGGCAGCGAAGGCGUAUACGAGAACUACGUCUGCAGCUCUGAGGCUCCGCCCACUCAGCUGCCGAGGCUGAAGACGAUAUAACGAAUAACAACAGCCUUUCUGGAGUUUGAGCCAGAGCUGUGCCUUCAUUUCUGUCCAAUCAGAGAGCUUCAGGUGGUAAAUCUCCCUCAGGUGGGAGGGUCUGUAGGCAGCAGGUGGUUAACAGACUAACAUGUAAAUACAAAUGAGCUCUUAUUGUGAAAGAUCUGGUAUGAUUUCAGGUUUUUCUCAGAUUUAAUAAAAUAUUUGAAAAUCUUUUUGAACUUCUUUGAUCAGAGUUUUUGUAGCUGUUAGUUUUUCAUCCUUUAAACAUUUUCUCUGAGGAUGGAGUCAGUUUACUGCUCCAGGUGGCCAAAUGACUGUAACCUCAAAGGUUCCCGUUAGUGACCUAAUCACUAUAAUCAUAGUAAUAAUUUGUGGCACAUCUCGUAUAAAGUACAACAUUCUUGUUGUUUUUGACAUGUUGGCUCUCCCUCGCUCCACAAAUAUAAAAAACUUUAUUAUAUUAUUAUGUUUUAUGCAUUAAAAUCUAAA